UUUACUAUUUUUUUUUCAUCUUUCUUUCUUUCGUCGGCGCAUCUCUCUAGCCAUUUCGCCCCCCGCCUCGACGGCCCUCGCGGAGGGAAAAUAACCUAAACCUAGGGUUUACGCCGGCCGCGCCGGCGAGCGUCGCAAUAGGGCUGGAUUGCUUCUGCUUCCUGCUCCAGAUCUCUGCGAGUCCGUUAUUCACCGAUCGGGGACGGGUAAACGAGCCGGGUUGGUUGUCGAGUAGCGGUUGAGGCGAUGGCUGCGGCCUGGCUGGAGGACCUUUAACUGGAUGGCGCUGGGAGAUCUGAUGUCGUCCAGGUUGUCCGGGUCGUCGCCGUCCGUUUCGCAUCAUUUGGAUGAGUUCUCUGGCCGGGAGGAUGGGGAAGACGAAGUGGGAGAGAGGGAGCUGGAGGCGGCGCAGCCAUCUGGGAGCAACUUGCAGGUGACGGCUGCUGCUGCCGAAGGCAAUAGCAUGGUGUACUUGACUCAGACAGUCGUUCUCUCGGAAUUUCUGCAUGAAGGUUUCGAGGAUUGCACGGAGGUAGGGCCUUCAGACAACGGGUUGGUGUCGAAGUGGCGGCCCAAGGACCGGCUUAAAACGGGUUGUGUAGCACUCGUGUUAUGUUUAAAUAUUGGUGUGAACCCGCCUGAUGUUAUAAAAAUAUCUCCUUGUGCCCAGAUGGAGUGUUGGAUAGAUCCUCAUUCUAUGGCUGCUCCAAAAGCUCUUGAAACAAUUGGAAAGGCAUUGCAUGCUCAGUAUGAAUGUUGGCAGCGUCGGCAACAGGUUCGUUAUAAGCUUCAACUUGAUCCCACAGUGGAGGAAGUGAAGAAGCUUUGUAAUACUUGCCGGAAAUAUGCUAAGUCAGAAAGGGUUCUCUUUCAUUAUAAUGGGCAUGGAGUGCCUAAGCCUACAGCAAAUGGAGAAAUUUGGGUCUUCAACAAGAGUUACACACAAUAUAUUCCAUUACCUAUCAAUGAGCUCGACUCAUGGCUUAAGACACCUUCAAUCUAUGUGUUUGACUGCUCUGCAGCAGGGAUGAUUGUCAAAGCCUUUCUAGAGCGCCAAGAUUGGAAUACCUCUGCUGCAUCUGGUUCCUCAUCAAAGGAUUUUAUUAUGCUUGCUGCUUGUGAAGCACAUGAGACUCUUCCUCAAAGUGUUGAAUUUCCUGCUGAUGUGUUCACAUCCUGCCUCACUACACCUAUAAAAAUGGCAUUGCGUUGGUUUUCCUCUCGAUCUUUACUUCGUGAUUCUCUCAACUACUCUCUUAUCGAUCAAAUUCCUGGGCUUCAGAAUGAACGAAAGACGCUUCUAGGGGAGCUGAAUUGGAUUUUUACUGCUGUUACCGACACAAUUGCAUGGAAUGUCCUUCCUCGUGAUCUUUUCCAGAGACUGUUUAGGCAAGACCUGUUAGUUGCAAGUCUCUUUCGCAAUUUCUUACUUGCUGAGCGAAUUAUGAGAGCUGCUAACUGCUCUCCUAUUUCAUAUCCAUUGUUGCCACCAACUCAUCAGCAUCAUAUGUGGGAUGCAUGGGAUAUGGCUGCUGAAAUUUGCUUGUCUAAACUUCCACAGUUGAUUGAUAAUCCAAAUGCUGACUUCCAGCCAAGCCCAUUCUUUACAGAGCAACUGACAGCUUUUGAGGUGUGGCUGGCCCAUGGCUCCAAACACAAGAAACCACCAGAACAGCUUCCAAUAGUUCUUCAGGUUCUACUGAGCCAGUCUCAUCGAUUCCGUGCAUUGGUCCUCUUAGGAAAAUUCCUUGAUAUGGGACCUUGGGCUGUGGAUCUGGCGUUGUCUGUUGGCAUCUUUCCUUAUGUCUUAAAGCUUUUACAAACCACUGCUACUGAAUUGCGACAAAUACUGGUCUUCAUUUGGACCAAAAUUCUUGCUCUUGACAAGUCUUGUCAGGUAGAUCUGGUGAAAGAUGGUGGUCACACAUAUUUUAUCAGGUUUCUUGAUAGCAUGGAUGCCUAUGCUGAGCAGCGAGCAAUGGCUGCUUUUGUCUUGGCAGUUGUAGUGGAUGGACAUCGGCGGGGACAAGAAGCAUGUAUUCAAGCAAAUUUGAUAAAUGUGUGCCUGAAGCAUUUACAAAUUGCUAAUCCAAGUGAUGGGCAAACUGAACCUUUACUUCUCCAAUGGCUUUGUUUAUGUCUGGGAAAGCUCUGGGAAGAUUUUCCGGAAGCACAAAUCAUAGGUUCUCAUGCAGAUGGACCAGCAACUAUUUUACCUUUAUUGCUGGAGCCACAGCCUGAGGUUAGAGCUUCUGCUGUUUUUGCUUUGGGGACUCUUAUUGAUGUUGCAUCUGUCACAUUUGAUGAUGGGCAUAGAGUUGAUGAGGACUUUGAGGAUGAUGAAAAGUUAAAGUCCGAGUUGAAUAUCAUUAAAAAUCUUCUACAACUUGCUGUGGAUGGAAGUCCUUUGGUGAGGGCUGAGGUUGCUGUAGCUCUUGCACGCUUUGCCUUUGCUUACAACAAACCUCUUAAGUUAACUGCUGCUGAAAAUUGGAAGCAUCUGAGCUCUUUGCCAUCUCUGGCCAGCAUAAAUCAUCCUAACAGCUUAUCACCCAGUCAAUUUAUGCAGUCAGGAAGGACCAUCGCACAUAGUGGUCUUGUAUUAAGAGGUAACCGUGAGAAUAAUACAGCUGGUAGAGAAGGAAGGAUAUCCAGAAGUAGUCCUAUUUCAUCGGUUGGCAUAAUGCAUGGCUCUCCACUGUCUGAUGAUUCUUCUCAUCAUUCUGAUUCUGGGAUACUGGCCAAAGAAAUUGGUAGUAAUGGGGUCCUUAAUUGCUCUAGAGCAAGACCUUUGGAUAAUGCUUUAUGUUCUCAGUUUACUAUGGCUUUGUGUAACAUGGCAAAGGAUCCUUCUCCUCGUGUUGCAAGCCUUGCCCAAAGAUCACUCUCCAUAAUUGGUGUUGAACUAGUGGUUACUAAAGCUCCAAGGUUAGGCGUACACCCGGGAGAUUCUUCUGUUCCAUCUCGCACUUCUAAUCUUCCUGGAUUGGCACGUUCAUCCUCAUGGUUUGACUUGAAUGCUGUUAAUGCAGGUCAGAUAUCUGUGGCAUUCCGAACCCCUCCGGUCAGCCCUCCUCGUCAAAAUUAUAUGGCAGGACUGCGCCGAGUAUGCUCUCUGGAGUUCAGGCCACAUCAACUAAAUUCUCCAGAUACUGGAUUAGCUGAUCCACUUCUAGGAGCUGCUGGAUUGUCUGGUGGUUCUGAACGUAGCUUACUUCCACAUUCAACUAUUUAUAACUGGAGUUGUGGUCAUUUUUCUAGACCGCUUCUUGCUGGAGCUGAUGACAAUGAAGAAACUAUUUCUAGAAGAGAAGAAAGAGAGAGAAUUGCUUUAGAUUGCAUGGUUAAGUGCCAACAUUCUUCUAAUGUAAAACUUGCCAAUCAAAUUGCUAGCUGGGACACCAAGUUUGAAACAGGCACGAAGGUUUCAUUGCUCUUGCCAUUUUCUCCAAUUGUAGUUGCUGCUGAUGAGAAUGAACAUAUCAGGGUAUGGAAUUAUGAAGAAGCUACUUCUUUGAACAAUUUUAAUAAUCAUGAAUCAUCUGAUAGAGGGAUAUCCAAGCUCUCCCUAGUGAAUGAAUUUGAUGACAGCUUGCUUCUAGUUGCUUCAAGUGAUGGAAAUGUUCGUUUUUGGAAAAAUUUCACAGUAAGGGGAAAACAGAAACUUGUAACAGCAUUUUCUUCAGUCCUAGGUCAUCGGAGUGCAGCUCGUGGUACAUUUGCAGUUGUUGACUGGCAGCAACAGUCUGGCUAUUUGUAUGCUUCUAGUGACACAUCACCUGUCCUGCUUUGGGAUCUGGACAAAGAACAGCUAGUUAACUCCAUCCCAUCAUCCUCUGACAACUGCAUAUCAGCAUUGUCUGCUUCUCAAGUUCACAGUGGUCAAUUUGCAGCUGGCUUUGUUGAUGGCACUAUCAGGAUAUAUGAUAUCCGCACUCCUGAAAUGCCGGUCUGCACUGCUCAACCUCAUACACAGAAGGUGGAGAAGGUUGUGGGAAUUGGGUUUCAGCCUGGAUUUGAUCCAACUAAGAUUGUCAGUGCAUCGCUUGCAGGAGAUAUACAGUUCUUGGAUUUCAGAAACCAAUCCGAACCAUAUCUUACCUUCGAUGCACAUAGGGGCUCUCUUACUGCCUUGGCAAUUCAUCGACAUGCCCCAAUUAUUGCGAGUGGUUCGGCUAAGCAACUUGUGAAGGUUUUCAGCCUAAAUGGAGAACCGCUAGGCAUGAUCAGAAAUUACCCCACUUUCAUGGCUCAGAGAAUAGGUUCUGUUAGUUGUCUUACUUUCCACCCGUACAAAGUACUCCUUGCUAUUGGUGCAGGGGAUGCCUGUGUAUCUAUUUAUGCAGACGACAGUUACCAAACAAGAUAACUUGCUUUGCAUACACAAUCCUUCAGACCUCUGAUCAAGGAACAUUGAUUGCAAUUUGAUAAUCAAGGAGAUGGUAACGGCACCUGCUGCAGAUCGUCACGUUUGGCUGCAUAAGCCUGCUCUUCAUGUGAAAUUUGUAUCUUACAAUGUUCAUUAGCCUCUAAAGAGGAUCACACUUCGUCAGAAUUCCUGCAUCGCAAUUGGAGGCUCUCACUAAUAAUCAUCUUUAGGUAAAAAGUUGUACAUAAUUCCUUUUUUAUGUUUAUGCUUCUUUUAUUUUCUUAUUUAUAUUUUUGAUCAUUUUCUUGCUUUGCUUUGUUCAAAGUUGUAAAAUUGCACUUUCAUAUUAUAAAUUAAGUAUUGGCUGCUUUUA